AUGGUUCCUGGACUUGUCGAUGACACUUCCUCCUGGGUUGCACCCGGGAAAGUCAACAAGGAUAUCUUCCCAGACGGCUUCAAGACAUCGGGUCAACAUGAGCCUCUCUACUCCUGCAUCCAGCCCUUUGACAAGUUCCCCAAGGAAAUCACGGGCCCAACAGCUUGGAAGGCCGAACAUUACAAGGAGAACCCCGAGAAGUGGACGCACUCGUUCACGGAGGAAGAGAUUGCCGAGAUUGGAGGUGCAGCUGAUAACUUCAUCCAAUCUAGUGUGCCUCUGACGGGCAUCACCAAGCUUCCCAAGCUGGCUGCCUUUAUGGCAAAGCUUCGCAAGAGACUGAUUGACGGUGAGGGUUUCUGGCUGUUCAAGAACCUGCCCGUCCAGCAAUGGGGUUUGCAGAAGUCAGCUACUGCAUACAUGGGUUUGGGUACUCAUUUGGGCUACUUUGUCAGUCAAAACAGCCGUGGACACGUCCUCGGUCACGUCAAGGACCUCGGCGAGGAUCCCACUCGAACCGACAAGGUUCGCAUCUACCGGACCAACGCUAGACAGUUCUUCCACACCGACUCUGGAGACAUUGUUGGCCUUUUGUGCAUGGCCAAGUCCAUGGAGGGCGGAGAAUCAGAUAUCUGCUCCCAGCACCGCGUCUUCAACUGUCUGCAGCGUGAGAAUCCCGAUGUGGCCAAGCUCUUCUGUGAGCCCAUCUGGUAUGCAGACAGGAAGGGUGAGGUGUCAGAUGGCCAGAAGCCUUGGAUGCGUACUGCCGUCUUCUACCUUGAGAACGACCCCAAUGGAACUCCACGCGUGUACGGCAAGUUUGAUCCCAACAAUGUCACAUCACUGUGGCGAUUCAACACCGGUCCGGACGCAAAGAUUCCUCCUCUGUCAGAGGCCCAACUGCAUGCUAUGAAGGUACUGGAGGACACAUGCAAGCGAGAGGCACUCCACAUGAUCCUUGACCCCGGUGACAUCCAGUUCGUCAGCAACCAGCAUGUGUUCCAUGCUCGCACUGCGUACACGGACUACGCACCAGGUGCAAAGGAUGAGAACGGAAACUUGAGGCCUCAGAGACAUCUCAUGCGGCUUUGGCUGUCCGUGCCUGUGGAUGAGGGCGGAUGGAAGCUGCCGUUCCCCGACAUGCAUGAGAAGAAGCGCGGUGGAAUUCAGGUCAAUGACAACCCUCCAAAGUGCCCUCUUGAUGCGGAGUAG